AUAAGAGUCAGCUCAGGCAGCCAGCGGCCAGUGUUCAGUCCUCCCCAUCCACUCCCCCUGUUCCCUCCACUGUCCCUCACCAUGGGACCUGCCUCAGGCCUCGGCCUGCUCCUGCUGUUAUUACCCUGCCUCCCCCUGGCUCUGGGAGAUCCCAUGUACUCCAUAAUCACUCCUAACAUUCUGCGGCUGGACAGCGAGGAGACCGUGGUGCUGGAAGCCCACGAAGUGCAAGACGAUGUUCCAGUCAGCGUCACUGUCCAAGACUUCACCAAGAAGCAAACGCUGGCCAAUGAGAAGAUCACAUUGACUCGUGCCACCGGCCACCUGAGCAACGUCACCAUCAAGGUCGAGGCCACCAGGGAGUUCAAGUCAGGAAAGGGGAACAAGUUCGUAAUCAUCCGGGCAAGCUUCGGGUCCACCGUGGUGGAGAAACCCGUGCUGGUCAGCCUUCAUAACGGGUACCUCUUCAUCCAAACAGACAAGACAAUCUACACCCCAGGCUCUACGGUUCACUAUCGGAUCUUCACCGUCGACAACAAACUACUGCCGGUGGGCCGGACGGUUAUGGUCAACAUUGAGAACCCUGAAGGCAUCCCUGUCAAGCAGGACUCUUUCUCUUCUCACAACCAGCUUGGUAUCUUACCUUUGAUUUGGAACAUUCCGGAGCUGGUUAACAUGGGGCAGUGGAAGAUCAGUGCCUACUAUGAAAACUCACCAAAGCAGGUCUUCUCAGCUGAGUUUGAGGUGAAAGAAUACGUGCUGCCCAGUUUUGAGGUCAUAGUGGAACCCACAGAGAAGUUCUACUAUAUUCAUAACCAGGAGGGCCUGGAAGUCACCAUCACAGCCAGGUUCUUAUAUGGGGAGACAGUGGAUGGCGUUGCCUUUGUCAUCUUUGGGGUCCAGGAUGGAGACCAGAGGAUUUCCCUGUCUGAAUCUCUUACUCGCGUUGAGAUCGAGGACGGCAAUGGGGAGGCCCUGUUGAAGCGACAGGUGCUACUGGAUGGGGUGCAGCCGUCCAGAGCUGAGGACCUGGUGGGAAAGUCCUUGUAUGUGUCUGUCACCGUCAUUCUGCACUCAGGCAGUGACAUGGUACAAGCGGAGUGCAGCAGGAUCCCCAUUGUGACCUCUCCCUACCAGAUCCACUUCACCAAGACACCUAAGUACUUCAAACCAGCCAUGCCCUUUGACCUCAUGGUGUACGUGACAAACCCAGAUGGCUCUCCUGCACGCCGUGUCCCUGUGGUGGUCCAGGGCCACGAGAACGUGCAAUCUCUGACCCACGACGACGGCGUGGCCAAGCUGACCAUCAACACCCAAAACAGUCGGCAGCCUCUGACAAUCACGGUGCGCACAAAGAAGGAUGGCAUCUCAGAGGCAGAGCAAGCCACCAAGACCAUGCAGGUUCAGCCCUACAGCACCCUGGGCAACUCCAACAAUUACCUGCAUCUCUCAGUGCCUCGUGUUGAGCUGAAGCCGGGGGACACUCUCAAUGUCAACUUCCACCUGAGAGCAGACCCUGGGCUGGGUGCCAAGAUCCGCUAUUAUACCUACCUGAUCAUGAACAAAGGGAGACUGCUGAAGGUUGGACGCCAGGUGCGCGAGCCUGGCCAGGACCUGGUGGUUCUGCCUCUGACCAUCACCAAGGACUUCAUUCCUUCCUUCCGCAUGGUGACUUAUUACACACUGAUGGGCACCAAUGGCCAGAGGGAGGUGGUGGCUGACUCCGUGUGGGUGGACGUCAAGGACUCAUGUGUGGGCACGCUGGUGGUGAAAGGUGGUGGGAAGGAUGAUCGGAAGCCUACACCUGGGCAGCAGAUAACGCUCAAGAUAGAGAGUGACCCUGGGGCCCGAGUGGGCCUGGUGGCCGUGGACAAGGGCGUGUUUGUGCUGAAUAAGAAGAACAGGCUGACUCAGAGCAAGAUCUGGGAUGUGGUGGAGAAGGCAGACAUUGGCUGCACCCCAGGCAGUGGAAAGGACUAUGCUGGCGUCUUCACUGAUGCUGGGCUGGCCUUCAAGACUGACAAAGGCCUGGAGACCUCCCAGAGAGCAGAUCUCGAGUGCCCGAAACCAGCUGCCCGCCGCCGUCGCUCCCUGCAGCUCAUGGAGAGGAGGAUGGACAAAGUGGGCCAGUACCCCAAGGAGCUGCGUAAGUGCUGUGAGGACGGCAUGCGGGAGAACCCCAUGAAGUUCUCAUGUGGGCGCAGAGCCAAGUUCAUCAUCCAGGGUGAGGCGUGUGUGAAGGCCUUCCUCGACUGCUGCAGCUAUAUCACCAAGCUGAGGCAGCAACACCUGCGGGACCGCCCACUUGGCCUGGCCAGGAGUGAUCUGGAUGAGGACAUAAUGCCAGAAGAACACAUCAUCUCCCGAAGCCAUUUCCCAGAGAGCUGGCUGUGGAGGAUGGUGGACCUAGACGAGCUCAAGGACCAACAAAAAGAUGGACUCUCCACGAAGGUCAUGAACGUGUUUUUGAAAGACUCCAUCACCACUUGGGAGAUUCUGGCUGUCAGCUUAUCGGACAAGAAAGGGAUCUGUGUGGCUGACCCCUACGAGAUCACAGUGAUGCAGGACUUCUUCAUUGACCUCCGGUUACCCUACUCUGUUGUGCGCAACGAGCAGGUGGAAAUCCGAGCUGUCCUCUACAAUUACCGGGAGAAGGAAGAGCUCAAGGUGAGGGUGGAAUUGCUCUACAAUCAGGCCUUCUGCAGCAUGGCCACCGCCAAGAAGCGCCACCAGCAGACUGUAACCAUCCCACCUAAGUCCUCGCUACCUAUACCUUAUGUCAUCGUGCCCCUGAAGGUUGGCCUUCAGGAGGUAGAGGUCAAGGCUGCUGUCUACAGUCGUUUCAUCAGCGACGGUGUCAAGAAGACCCUGAAAGUUGUGCCGGAAGGAAUCAGAGUUAACAAAACUGUGGUGGUUCGCACACUGGACCCAGAGCACCUUGGCCAAGGGGGCGUUCAGAGAGAGGAAAUCCCUCCCGCAGACCUCAGUGACCAAGUCCCAGACACCGAGUCUGAGACCAGUAUUCUCCUGCAAGGAAAUCCGGUGGCUCAGAUGACAGAGGACGCCAUCGAGGGGGAGCGGCUGAAGCACCUCAUUGUGACUCCUUCUGGCUGUGGGGAGCAGAACAUGAUCGGCAUGACACCAACAGUUAUUGCUGUCCACUACCUGGACCACACAGAGCAAUGGGAGAAAUUCGGCCUGGAGAAGCGGCAAGAGGCCUUGGAGCUCAUCAAGAAAGGGUACACUCAGCAACUAGCCUUUAAACAACCCAGCUCGGCCUACGCAGCCUUCCUGAACCGGCCUGCCAGCACCUGGCUUACUGCCUACGUGGUCAAGGUCUUCUCUCUGGCAGUCAACCUCAUUGCCAUCGACUCCCAGGUCCUCUGUGGGGCCGUUAAGUGGCUGAUCUUGGAAAAGCAGAAACCCGAUGGAGUUUUCCAGGAGGAUGGGCCCGUGAUACACCAAGAAAUGAUUGGUGGCUUCCGGGACAAUGUGGAGAAAGACAUGGCCCUCACGGCCUUUGUCCUCAUUGCACUGCAGGAGGCUAAAGAUAUCUGUGAGGACCAGGUCAAGAGCCUGGGAGGCAGUGUCAAUAAAGCAGGAGAAUUCCUGGAAGCCAAUUACUUGAACCUAAAGAGAUCGUAUACUGUGGCCAUUGCUGGCUAUGCCCUGGCCCAGAUGGGCAAACUGGACGGUCCCAUCCUCGACAAAUUUCUGAAAACAGCCAAAGAUAAGAACCGCUGGGAGGAGCCCGGUAAGCAGCUCUACAACGUGGAGGCAACGUCCUAUGCCCUCUUGGCCCUGCUGCUGCUAAAAGACUUUGACACUGUACCACCUGUCGUACGCUGGCUCAAUGAGCAGAGAUACUAUGGUGGUGGCUAUGGCUCCACCCAGGCUACCUUCAUGGUGUUCCAAGCCUUGGCCCAAUACCAAAAGGAUGCCCCAGACCACAAGGACUUGGACCUGGACGUGUCCAUCCGCCUGCCCAGCCGCAGCUCUGAUAUCAGGCAUCGCAUAUUCUGGGAAUCAUCUAGCCUCCUGCGAUCCGAAGGGACCAAGGAAAAUGAAGGUUUCACAUUAACAGCUGAAGGAAAAGGCCAAGGCACUUUGUCAGUGGUGACAGUGUACCAUGCCAAGGCCAAAGGCCAACUCACUUGUAAAAAGUUCGACCUCAGGGUCACCGUAAGGCCAGCCCCAGAAACAGAAAAGAAGCCUCAAGAUGCCAAGAGGACGAUGAUCCUUGGCAUCUGUACCAGGUACCUGGGCGAUCAGGAUGCCACUAUGUCUAUCCUGGACAUAUCCAUGAUGACUGGCUUUGCUCCUGACAUGGAUGACCUCAAGCUGCUAAGCAAUGGUGUGGACAGAUACAUUGCUAAGUAUGAGCUGAACAAUGCCUACUCAGAAAAGAACACACUCAUCAUCUACCUGGACAAGGUCUCACACUCUGAGGAUGAAUGUCUGGCCUUCAAAAUUCACCAGUAUUUUAAUGUAGAACUUAUCCAACCUGGGGCAGUCAAGGUCUACUCCUAUUACAACCUGGAGGAAAGUUGUACCCAGUUCUACCACCCAGAGAAGGAGGAUGGACAGUUGAGCAAGCUCUGCCACAAGGAAGUAUGCCGCUGUGCUGAAGAGAACUGCUUCAUGCAAAAGUCUCACGACAGUAAGGUCAGCCCGGAGGAACGUCUGGACAAGGCCUGUGAACCAGGAGUGGACUACGUGUACAAGACCAGGCUGGUGAAGAAGAUGCUGUCAGAGGACUUUGAUGAGUAUAUCAUGGCCAUCGAGCAGAUCAUCAAGUCAGGCUCUGAUGAGGUACGAGUCAGGCAGGAACGCAAGUUCAUCAGCCACAUCAAAUGCAGAGAUGCCCUAAAGCUGGAGGAUGGGAAACACUACCUGCUGUGGGGCCUCUCCUCUGACCUGUGGGGGGAGAAACCCAACACCAGCUACAUCAUUGGGAAGGACACGUGGGUGGAGCUCUGGCCAGAGGCUGAUGAAUGCCAAGACGAGGAGUACCAGAAACAGUGCCAGGACCUCGGCGCCUUCACCGAGAGCAUGGUGGUCUUCGGCUGCCCCAACUGAUGACACCCCCACACCCCAGACCCCCAAUAAAGCUUCACCUGUCUCCCAAA